CAACGAGUCAUUUGCCUGCAAAAUGAAGCCUUGGCCCAGAGACGCAUUGCCUACAAAGUUGCAUCGGUUCAGGCUUGACAAGGAGACCAGCAAAGACUUCCUUCGAGCAUGCAAGGAGAGAGGCUUGACAGCCGCCUACGGCAUUGGAGCAUGUCUCAUUUUGGCAACUCUGGAGCUCUUUCGAACGGAAGAGGAAAUCACCAUGGGUUAUGACGAUGCGGUCAUUGUGGUCACCUUCAACCUGCGCAGAUGGAUGGCGGAGAAGGAGGGUCUGAAGGGAACAGCAUCAAGCGCUGAGACGGGCUUGCUUAUCGCGGCUACGGGCUUAUUUGACUGCAUGAUAGCCGAAGGAAGAAUGGAAGUAGAGCAUUGCCUUUGGUUCAUCGCCGAGCAGCUCAAAGAAUUUUUCACGGAUCGGCUCAAACAGAUCUCUAGCUUCGCAGGCAAAGGCGCCCACGGAUUCUGGCAUGCCUACAACCAGGAGGCAGCCGCGAUGGCAAGCGGGCAGAGCGAAACCACGUUCAAGACAGGCAUUGGGCUUAACAGCGUUGGGAUCGUAGAGGCUUACCUCAAGCGAUCCUAUGGUACUGGCCACGGUGGGCAGGAUGGCGACCAUACGUUCGCUGUACAGGAUUGCCAGAUCGACAUGCGCUGCGGAGGUUCGGUGAGCCAGCCUCACAUCUGGACCUUUCGCAAUCAAACCGAGCUGAACAUGGGCUAUGUGGAAGCAAUGUUCACUCCACAAGGGCCAGAGUUGCUAGCGCGAUGA